GAGCCGAGGCCGAGGCCGGCCGAGCGGCCCGCGCGUCCGCCCCCGCCCCGCAGUCUGGUCCCGCGCGUCGGGCGGGUCCGCGGCGCUCACGCUCUCCCCCCGCGGUCGCCUGCCCGCUCGCUCCGUGUCGGGGGCGGGGGUGCAGGCAUCGGGACAGGAUGCGGGGGGGCCCGCGCCCCGCCCCUCGCGGUGGGCCGGGCGGCUUCCUGCCGGGCACGGCCGGGGACUGCGGCCUGAGCGCCAGCCUGUCGGCCUGGACGCUGCUCCACGAGGGGGCGGUGGAGCCCAUGCAGAUUGACGUGGACCCGCAGGAGGACCCGCAGAACGCGCCCGAUGUCAACUACGUGGUGGAGAACCCCACCCUGGACCUGGAGCAGUACGCCGCCAGCUACAGCGGCCUGAUGCGCAUCGAGCGGCUGCAGUUCAUCGCUGACCACUGCCCCCCGCUGCGGGUGGAGGCCCUGAAGAUGGCCCUGUCCUUCGUGCAGAGGACCUUCAACGUGGACGUGUACGAGGAGAUCCACCGGAAGCUCUCGGAGGCCACCAGGGACCUGCAGAGCGCCCCGGACGCCAUCCCCGAGAGUGGGGUGGAGCCCCCGCCCCUGGACACGGCCUGGGUGGAGGCCACGCGGAAGAAGGCCCUGCUGAAGCUGGAGAAGCUGGACACGGACCUGAAGAACUACAAGGGCAACUCCAUCAAGGAGAGCAUCAGGCGCGGCCACGACGACCUGGGCGACCACUACCUCGACUGUGGGGACCUCAGCAACGCCCUCAAGUGUUACUCCCGGGCCCGGGACUACUGCACGAGCGCCAAGCACGUCAUCAACAUGUGCCUCAACGUCAUCAAGGUCAGCGUCUACUUGCAGAAUUGGUCUCACGUGCUGAGCUACGUCAGCAAGGCCGAGUCCACUCCCGAGAUUGCAGAGCGAGGGGAGCGGGACAGCCAGACCCAGGCCAUCCUCACCAAGCUGAAGUGUGCUGCAGGGCUGGCGGAGCUGGCUGCGCGCAAGUACAAGCAGGCGGCCAAGUGCUUCCUGCUGGCCUCCUUCGACCACUGCGACUUCCCGGAGCUGCUGUCUCCCAGCAACGUGGCCGUGUACGGCGGCCUUUGCGCCUUGGCCACCUUCGACCGGCAGGAGCUGCAGCGCAACGUCAUCUCCAGCAGCUCUUUCAAGCUGUUCCUGGAGCUGGAGCCCCAGGUCCGGGACAUCAUCUUCAAGUUCUACGAGUCCAAGUAUGCCUCGUGCCUGAAGAUGCUGGACGAGAUGAAGGACAACCUGCUCUUGGACAUGUACCUGGCCCCCCACGUCAGGACCCUGUACACCCAGAUCCGCAACCGCGCCCUCAUCCAGUAUUUCAGCCCCUACGUGUCGGCCGACAUGCGCCGGAUGGCCACCGCCUUCAACACCACGGUGGCUGCGCUGGAGGACGAGCUGACACAGCUCAUCCUGGAGGGGCUCAUCAACGCCCGCAUUGACUCCCACAGCAAGAUCCUGUACGCGCGCGACGUGGACCAGCGCAGCACCACCUUUGAGAAGUCCCUGCUCAUGGGCAAGGAGUUCCAGCGCCGUGCCAAAGCCAUGAUCCUGCGGGCAGCCGUGCUGCGCAACCAGAUCCACGUCAAGUCCCCUCCCCGGGAAGGGAGCCAGGGGGAGCUGACGCCGGCCAACAGCCAGUCCCGGAUGAGCACCAACAUGUGAGGGUGCCUGCCGGGCCCUCCAGGAGGAUCUGCACACCCUACCCCCAGCUCCCAGCACUUCUGGAGGAGCCGCUGGGUUCCCGCCCUCGGCCCCCUGCCUGGACGCCUGUGUGACCCCAUCUCCGCUUGCCCCACGGAGGAGGGGUGUCUGGAAGGCGAGGCCUCGGCCUCCUGCUCUCACACGUGGGGUUGCAGGUAGUUGUGAACCUUAGUCCAUUAAAAGCAGCCUCCCCUGAA